AGAGCAGCCAACCUUAAUGGAACUCAAAGCAGGCGGAAACGAGACACUGGUCGCAGACAAGACAAACUAUGGCAUUGCUUGCACGAGAAAAACGAUCAACUAAUGACGAUGGAAUGAAUGGAUUCUCAACUCUCUUGAAGACUAGUCAUAGCAUAUAUGGGGUGUUCACUCACAAGGGAGAUCUUGCCAAUUCUACAUCAUGCACAUGCUCUAAUAAACCCACUUCCAAAGUGAGAAAGAUCAUAUCCACUUUGGUGGCAUGGGAUGACGACUUGGUGGAUCUUCACUCAGAGGUGUUUAAGCAAUUGAAGUUGAUCAUCGAGACUAAAAUAGAUGACUUGUACACUGCCAAUGACUAUUUACUACAAGAUGGAUACGCAGGGGCCACGGUCAUUGGUUUAUCACUAGUCGAAUUGGAUGUGGAAUCAACCGGCUCGCGCAGGAAAAGAAACGUUGGAAAUUCAACGUCGGGAGCAAAUACCACUGCAACGAACUCCUCCCAAGCUCUGACUACCACCCAAAGACCAACUACCACUACGACACCAAAACCGAUCAACGAUCGUGUCAGGAUAGAGGUUGAGAUCGUUUUUGCGGGACGCGAAAAUCAGCCAGCACCCAUGAAAGACUUGGACAAUAUUUUGGCAGGAGCCCCCAAUCUUGGGCUUCAAGGGGAGCCUGCUCGAGCGGCUGAUUGCAAAGGAGAAACGCUACCCAAUCUCUUAGCUCCAUCUUUCAUGACCACAUCAACAUCCAGUUCGGAUUUAGUUCCAUCCGGCCAACAGAUCCAAUACAAAUGCUCAAAUCCUGGCGAAAUGUUACCGUUUGAGUUCGACCAUGACUCGAAUUUUGCUUUGGAGGUCAAUUGUGUGGACGGAGCAUUUAUUAGGCCUGUUUGGCCCCAAGCUUGUGUAGUCGAAUCUUUGUGCUCAGUGGUUCCCAAUCCUCCAGAUGGCACUCAAGGAAUCAACCUAAUCCGACAGGACAAUCGUACGCAGUUUCGUCACGGAGAGUUUGCGUACUUUGCUUGCCAGAAUCCCGUAGCCGUUUUAGACGAUGACAGUGGGCGGAAUGUCUACGAAAUUGAAUGUUUGAGCGAUGGAACAUUCGGUAACGUGCAAUGGCCCAAUUGUUAUUUGGAGCCGACUUGCACUAAUCUCCCUGAUCCACCCGUGUCGUCAAAAAUGGUUCGGGCUACAAAAACGACUUCUGUCAAACUUGGAGAUUACGUUCUUUUCGAAUGUGCCGAGAAGGACAAGUUUUAUGAAACCGAAUUUGGCCCUACUAUGCCUGUUUUGUGUGAGGGAACACCGGAGAAUCCAACCAUUAAUCUAGCUUCUACAUGGCCGGAAUGUAAACCGCUAUCAUGCGUUCCAAUGGGCCAGUCGGGAUUGAACUUCACCCAAUCGGUUAAUGUCUUGGAAACAUCUUGUGCCAGCAAUGACACCUACACGAUGUACACGGAUGCUCAAUCUCAUGAAGGCUACAUUAUUCCCAAGCGAUUCCAUUGUGGCACUUACAAACCCAAUGAUCCUACACAUGCUAGCAAAUGCCUUAUUGAAGAACAUGGACCACCCAAAAUAUUCUGGAACGAAAUGGAGAUUACUUCCAUGAAUUGGAACCCACAACUUACAAAUGCCAAAAUGAGUCUUUUUAAGAAUGAGAAGGCUGAAGUUGAAAAAGAGCUCAACGCGUUCUAUUUGGCAAAAGCGGACCUGUUGGACCAGGGCUACUUGCGCACAGUUGUUGUGAAGUUUCAUCAAGGAGCCCUCAAAGGUUUCGACGCUAGCGCGGGAUCAGACCAAUAUUGUGUCAAGGUCACUGUGGAACAUCAAUUUCAAGGAGACACCACCCUUGAUCUGGCUACUUUAAAGAACACGCAUCGAGCAUUGGUUCAAAACGUCAGUGGACAUCUAUCCGAUCAAUUUAGCAUUGUUGCGGACACAAUCGUAUCAGAUAUACAAAAAUGCCACAAUGAUACAUUGUCACCGUUUUUUAACUCGAAAUAUGUUGUGACGGGAGCAGAUGAUCUUAGGGAAAUUGGUGAAACCGUAACGGUGCAUUGUGCUGGGGGGAAAUUCUUGCGGAAAGACCAAUGGGACGAGGAUGACACGGAUAACACGCUUACUAUUCGAUGCAAGCCAAAUCGACGCUUUGAUGUACCUCCUGCGGUAGAAUUUCCUGAUUGUGCUGCCAAGUGCCCAGCUCAAAAACCGGUGGCCCCACCCGAGCACAAGAUAGUACUUAACACAAACAAGAGCAGCAAUGCCAUGGAAGCCUGGGAAAAUGAAGAGAUUUGGUACAUAUGUGAAAGCAAUCUCGAUGGUUUGGCUGGACUUUCACCCAAUGGAAAAGAACUGGAGGGCACGGACUUGUGGGAGACAUCCAUCAAGUGUGGAGCAACAGGAAACUAUGUGCUCCCCAGAGUGGAAUUUGAUUCGAAUGUGACUGCUCUUCCCAAAUGCUUGCCCAGACCCCGAAGAUGUCAGUGUUUAGGGGACAUGAAAACCCCCGCAUCUGCGAAAACAAUAUUGGAUUUGUACUGCCGAAAUGUCACUUCUAAAAUAAUGCCAGGAAACUAUCGUGACGCUGUUACCAUGAAGUUUAUGGAUGAAGUAGUGCCAAGCAAAAUUCGGUGUGGAUCUCGGGAUCCCUUAUACAUGAGGCUGGAAGAUCAAUGCAGCUGCUAUCCAACUGACGGGGAAGGAGCUGACGAUGGGAAGUGGAUGACCAUGGAAAUCCUUAACAUGGAAUGGCGCAACGAAUUGAAAGACCCACGCUCCAAGCUUUUUCAAGAAUCUAAAUAUAUCGUAGAAAAGGCUAUGGAUGAAAUGUACUUGGAUUAUUCCGUUACGUUUACCGCUCAAUACGUCCGUUCUGUGGUAAUGGCCUUUUCAGAGGGAAUCACGGACCUAACAAUUCUAAGAUGGCAGCAUUUAAAAGCAGCCAACCAGACCAAUGACACGGACAUUCACACUCUCAAUUUCUUGGGUGAUCCAAUUUUGGAUAUCUUUGAACCUACCCUCAAGGAAAAAGAGGCCGCAAUGAAGGCUGCCGAAUUAGCCGCAGCUAGCGGUCGGACUCUGCCCGAGGGCCCUCACGCUAAAAGCGUGUUGGUCCGCUUAGAGGUCCAAUUCAAGAGAAGGCAAAGCCAUUUCACGCCCGAUUACGUCAAACAAAUCACGCAAUUGUUGGUUGAAAGUAGUCAAUGGGUUAAGAACACGCUUUGGAUCAACCCGUCCUGUUUCACUGGAGCGGAUGAGAUCUGCUACGUAUCAGAUGCUGAAACUUGCAACGACAAUUCCUUGGAUGCUAUUUUCAAUUUCGGACUAACGCAUAGCAAUGCUUUGGAGAAAACGGCCAUUCCAAUUUCUAUCGGUUCCACGAUUGAUCUAAUGUGUGCCAGAGAUAGCGAACGUGUGUCAGUGGAUAAGUAUGAUGAGAACCCUACAGAUUAUCGAAUCACUCUCAUGUGCAAGCCCAACGGGGAAUUCGAUUUCCCGGAAGACGAUGAAUUUCCGCCACCCUGCUUGGCUUGGUGUCCUGGGAAUAAACCUGUUCCUCCAGAAAGUACUGGCCUUGUCAUCAUGCCAAAAUAUGACAAUUUAAACGACACUUUGGAAGGUGACCACAUCGCAUACAUGUGUCUGGACUCCUCAUUGGGUGUGAAUGCGGGAUCAAGCAACUAUAUUGAGUUCAAGUGCAUCAAUGAUGAGCCACGUGGGCGUUACGAUAUGCCGCUAGCCAACCAAACUUGGCCCCAAUGCAUGAAAAGAACCACUACGAUAGAACCACCGAUUCGAUUGGCCAUGGAUGCAUUUCUCAAGCAAUCCGAUCGAGACUUGAUCAAUCGAAAGACCGAGGAACUCUAUCUGAGCAAACGAAAUGCUGGAGAUGAGGACCUGAUCUUGGGGGUUCUUAUCCCAUGCAUGAUUGUUCUCCUUAUCGUCAUUAUGGGAUGCUUGUGUUGCACUCGAAUCGACAAUCCGCUCUGCAAGUACUGCUCGAAAAACUACGUUCCCAUGUGAAACCAAAAUUGACGAGACUUUGUUUCAAUUCAUUCUGUAUGAAUAUGGUUCAAGAGAAGUGAUAUUUUCCAUGACAUA